AUGAAGCGGAUCGAAGCAAUAGGAACAGCUCCGGCUCAUCUCCCUCCUCGGGAGAUGACCGUCGACCAUGCAGCGGUGUGGGCUCUUUCCGAUGCGCCGACCUUAGACUGCAUUCAAGGAUACUCGUGCUCGCAGUAUUCUAUGGAAGCUCAGUUGGCAGACCUUAUGAGAGGAGAUUUUUCCGAGUCUCCGUUCCCGGAGCCAGACAAGUACGCCCGGGCUGUCAGCCAUGUUACUCAUGACUUUGGCAGACUCAAAUCAAAGGCUUUGUCGUUUGAGACUGAUCUACGCAAGGUGAACUAUAAGAAGGGAACCUCUGCUGGUUGGGGCUACUUCGACAAAGAAGGACAGUCCGAUCGAAGCCACUCCAAUCUCCUGAGGGAUCCGUUAUCAGCAGUCGUGAUCCUCGAGACCUGGAGUUUCUUGGCCAUCAGACUAAAAGUGGGAUGCUCUACAGGAACCAAGAAACUAUUCUUCCCCCACCCUACAAGACAAGUUGAAGUCAAGCGCCACAGCGCGCACGAUUUUCUUGCCAUCCACAACGCCACAGAGAAGUACGACCCGACCGCUGGAGAUUUCAAGCAGGCUGCUACGAAGAAGAGAAUAUUCAGCCCGGGCAAUGAGCAGGACGUUCCCCUCCCUGAAGUCACUGACAAUACCUCCUUGCAGCAGGCAAUGAUGAAGUACCACAAGCAGUCAAUGCUGCCGAACAUGGACAAGCUUUAUCAAUGCUGUGAUCUCUUUUACAACCAGGUCCAAGCCGAGUUUUCCAUGCAGCAGAUUACCACUGAAAGACACUCAGCCCAACUGCAAGUACCGGAACGUGCCCGAGCCAACAAGACAGUUCUCCUCCUGGACCUCCCGGCCCUUUUUAACAAGAAAACGUUGGACAGCAACUUGUACCACUAUGUCAACGGAGCUGGUCUACAAUGGACAGACAUCGCGGCCCUCCACAACCAUAUGGUUACUUCGCACUCCUCGGUGGCCCGAGUAGAGUUUGUCACAGAGAUGCAGGCUCAGCAGUUUCGAGACUACAUGCGACAAACACGCAGAUAUUGGAAGUCGCCAGACAUCCCAGACUGCAAAAUCAGAAUCGAGCAGGACUUGCCCACCGACGACAGACUGGCCAUGCAGCCGUUUUACGCCUUAAUCGACCUCCUCGCUGAGUGCACAGACACCCCGGACCUGCAGACCUGGAGGCAGGCCCUCCAGAUCUGGACUCCAAGAGACGAAGAGCCCAAGCAGCUUCUGGCCCAGGUCGCCUACGUGUUGGAUCCCCGUUACCCUCGCCGUUAUACGUGUCUUUUGCUGGUUCACGAGAAGUACUAUGACGAGUUUCUGGUCAAGUGGCAUUCCAAAUUCACAAAGCGACUCCACGACACGGUACAGCUGAUACAGGCCCUCCGCAGGGGCACCAUUGACCGCACCACCACGCAGCGCGCUUCCUUUGACAAGGACUUCCACGUACCCCGUCAUGCCAGUCCGAAUUUCCGCUGA